AGCACCAGUGUGACCAGCACGACCCGUACGAGCAGUACCACGUUCAGCAGCACCAGCGUAAGCAGCACCACCAGUGUCACAAGCGCGACGGGAACCAGCAGCACCACGCGCAGCAGCACCACUGCCACCAGCAGCACCACUGUUAGCAGCACGACUGGAAGCAGCAGCACCAGUGUGACCAGCACGACGGGGAGCAGCAGCCACGACAGGAAGCAGCAGCAGCACGCGCAGCAGCACCAGCGCCACCAGCAGCAGCACUGUGACCAGCACGACGGGAAGCAGCAGCACCUCGGUGACGAGCACGACCAGGACUAGCAGCACCACUAUGACCAGCAACACACUGUCCAGCACCACUGGCACCAGCACUGCUACCACCACCAUCUCCACGAGGAGCACCUUAACUGUUUCUUCAUCUACGACGCUCACGACUGCCUCCAUGUCCUCAACAACAUCGGGCACGAGCUCCAGCACCACGUCCGAAACGAACACUUCUACAACGACUGUGCAAGUUGUCAACACCAUAUCUGGCACCAUGAGCCUAUCCGUCUCCGACCCAGCGACUUUCGUGAGUGACCCAAGAGCCGCAGCGGCCGUGACAGACGGCAUCGCCAGCAUGGUGGGCGUGCCAGCCAGCCAAGUGGACGUCACCCUCAGCCUCGCCAGGCGUCUCGUGCCAGCGCGGGCGCCCAUCAUGCCACGCGUGGGCGCCAGGGCGCUCUCUGCGAGUUCCGUGGUGGUGAGCUACGCCGUCACGACUUCUGGCGGGCCGGGUACGUCCAGCUCGGCCAACUCGGACAUUACCUCUGCGCUGACUGCCGGGGAUGCCGCGUCGACCAUGCAGACUUUAACCGUGGCCAGCCUUGCGAGCCAGGGCGCGAGUUACACAGUGACGGUGGAGGCUAUCAGCCCGCCGACGGUCGAUAGCAUGACGCUCACUGCAACACGUACGACGCUUUCGACGACCAGCAGCAGCAUGACGACUACCACUGCAACAAGCACAACCGCGACAUCCACCACCGCCAGCUCCAUCUCGAGCACAGUGACCACCUCCACGAGCACUAGCAUCACGAGCUCCACCACCCCGACGUCCAUCACAACCACGACAACGACCACGAUCGGUAUCAUGUCCCUGGUCACAAUUCCAACAGAACUGACCUCCUGCAAUGGGCUGUUCGUGCAUGCCGCAGCACCAGGGGACGCCACCGAGCUGACGUGGUCGUGCCAACCCGCCGAUUCCAACCUGUGCGUCAACAUCCUUUCCGUAGCCUCGGCGGGGGGUUCGGUCCCGACGACGCUCCAGGUGUCCGCGGAUCGCGUGUCAGACGCGGCACCUAGCCGACACUUAGCGGCACCCGUGCGGCAUUGACAGGCACUUGUUCGGCACUUGGCGGCAUCCACUGGCGCCCA